AUGGCUCACCAAGCACACUCUUACCACAUAGUAGACCCAAGCCCAUGACCCAUUUUCGGAGCAGCCGCCGCCCUACUAACCACCUCAGGGCUGACAAUAUGAUUUCACUACAACUCCCCUCGACUCCUCAUCCUCGGCCUUGUCACCACCGCCUUAGUCAUGUUCCAAUGAUGACGUGACAUCGUACGAGAAAGCACCUUCCAAGGCCACCACACCCCAACCGUUCAAAAAGGGCUACGAUACGGAAUAGCCCUAUUCAUCACGUCAGAAGCCUUUUUCUUCCUAGGCUUCUUCUGGGCCUUCUUCCACUCAAGCCUGGCUCCUACUCCAGAACUAGGCGGACAAUGACCCCCAGUUGGAAUCAAACCCCUAAACCCUAUAGAAGUACCACUUCUGAAUACUGCCAUCCUCCUGGCUUCCGGAGUCACCGUAACAUGAGCCCACCACAGCAUCACAGAGGCCAAACGAAAACAAGCAAUUCAAGCCCUAUCCCUAACAGUCCUACUAGGAUUCUACUUCACCGCCCUCCAAGCCAUAGAAUACUACGAAGCUCCUUUCUCCAUCGCCGAUGGGGUUUAUGGUUCCACCUUCUUCGUUGCCACUGGGUUCCAUGGCCUACACGUAAUUAUUGGCUCUACAUUCCUCUUUGUAUGCCUCCUACGCCUAAUCAAAUACCACUUCACACCCACCCACCACUUCGGAUUUGAGGCAGCAGCCUGAUACUGACACUUCGUAGACGUCGUAUGAUUAUUCCUCUACAUCUCUAUCUACUGAUGAGGAUCCU